GUUGAUGCUAACUUGCCUGACAUGCAAAGCUAUAGAGAUUAAUUCUCAUUGACAAUGGUCACUUCUUGUUACAACUCCAUGCAUUUUACUUUCUGAAGCUCCCAUUUUCACACCCUUUUCUGGUGUUCUAUUUGUGAGAACUUUGGGAUUCAAGAGUGGAUAUCAAUGGCAUCUCUUACACCAGGAGUUCUGUUAAAGCUUCUGCAGAGUGUGAACUCUAAUGUAAAAGUUCGCGGCGAGUAUAGAUCAGUGCUUCUGCAAGUUAUCAGCAUUGUGCCAGCUUUAACAGGAUCAGAAUUGUGGCCUAAUCAAGGCUUUUUUAUCAAAGUAUCAGACUCUUCACAUUCAACUUAUGUUUCACUAUCAAAGGAAGACAAUGAGCUUAUACUGAACAAUAAGUUGCAACUUGGACAGUUCUUUUAUGUUGAUAGAGUUGAAGCUGGGACACCGGUUCCUCUUCUAGUUGGCGUUAGACCGGUGCCAGGGCGCAACCCUUUUGUUGGUAAUCCUAAAGAUUUGAUGCAAAUUCUAGAGCCAUCAGAGAGUCCAGCAGCUGUUGAUCAGAACGAGGGAGUUGUUAAUGGUUUAAAAAUAAAGGAAGUGUCAGAAGCAAAAGAGGAGAGUCCGAGAAAACAAAAAAUUGUGAUUAAAGAAGAGAAGGCUGGUGUUUCAUCCAGGUAUAUGCAGGGUGUUUUGACAGUGAAUUCCAAGGCUAGUGGCUUGGAUUCAAAUAGUAAUGGAAAGGGUAAUGAGAAUGAUAAUGGUGGAGCUGGUAAGAAGGUUAACGGUUCAUCAAAAGGCAAGCACCAAGAUCAGCUUAAAGGUCAGGCACGCCCGGAGACUCCUUUGCAAAGUCGAUCCAUUGCAGCUUCAUCAAGGCCAGAGGGGGCUGUUUCUGACAUUAAGGAGGCCGUGAUGGCUUCCAAGAAAAUGCCUGCAAAGCACAACUCAAGUAGACAGGAAAACAUGACCUUGAAUUUUCUGUCAAACAGUAAAGAUAAAACUCAUUCUCCAGAGAUGAUAUCGUGGGCCUCUUUGCCUGCCAAUCUCUUGAAGCAAGGAAAGGGAAUGCUUAGGAGGAGAAAUUUAGCUUCCAUGGUUGCUGCAGAAGCUCAAAAGGAGGCAUCUACAUCAGCAAAUCUUGUCAAGUGCCUCAGUCUGUUUGCUGAUCUAUGUUCCUCUGCCUCACCAGAGAACCCUCACACCUCUCUCACCAAAUUUUUCACACUCCAACAGCUCAUUGAUCAACCGAAUGUCACAUCCCCAUUAAAGGAUAAAUCACUUCAGUCAUCCACACACCAUUCUUCUCAAGAGACAGAAAAGUUUAGCAAAAAGACAAGUCUAAUUAAUGGUAAGAGCACAUUGAAGUAUUCUACUAAGACUUCAAUAGAGUUGAGUGGAAAUGAGAAACUUGAAUGGGCUAAAGGAGAUGGUGCGAAAGAGAUCAAAGAAAUGAGAGAGAACCUCAUAAGUGAAACAAGAAAUUGGUUCUUCAAAUUCUUGGAGGCAGCGUUGGAUGCUGGUUUUCGAGGGGGAAAUCAGGAGAAGAAAGGAAAAUACAAUGCAGGAAGAAUGUUAAUGGAGCAAGAUAACCACAUUGCUGUCACAUUAUCACAACUCAAGCAUGCUAAUGAAUGGUUGGAUAAACAAACUAGAAACUUGAGCUCAGAAAAUAAUGCCUUAGUUGAGACUAUUGAAGGGUUGAAGAAAAAGGUUUAUGCCUGUUUGCUCCUUCAUGUGGACUCAGCAGCCUCAGCUCUAGAGAACAGGUCUGAUAGAGGUUGAUUCAACUGAAAGGGAAAUAAUUUUUAUUACCUUAUUUGUGAUAUAAUGUUGAUGAAUAACUUAUAGUAUCUAAGAUUAUACUGAUUGACAGUUUGGUCUAUCAUAAAUAUAUAAAUUGCAAUUCAUGUAUAAACUUAUUUGAAAUAAUAAGGCCAUCCAUGGUCCAACUCUAGUAAU